CAAGCACAUUGUAUGUCGCCGCCUGCAGAAUAUCGACAUUGAGCGACCACCGACCAUCGCAAGAGUUCGACUUGUCACCACUGCACUGGCCCCAGUCAUCGAGGCUGGGGACUAGACAAGAUGUCGGUAAUCCUCUGCACUGCUGGAUAUGACCACACUAUCCGAUUCUGGGAGGCUCUGAGCGGCAUCUGCUCACGGACCAUACCGCACCCUGACUCGCAGGUCAAUCGACUCUGUAUCUCACCGGACAAGCGCUGGCUGGCUGCUGCUGGACACCACACGGUGAAGCUUUACGACAUUAAGUCUACCAAUCCGGCUGCUGUCCUCACGUUCGAGGGCCAUACCGGUAACAUUACCGGCGUCGCAUUUCACUGCGAGGGCAAGUGGAUGGUCACGUCUUCAGAGGAUGGCACUGUGAAGAUCUGGGAUACUAGAAGUGGCCAUGUACAACGCAAUUAUUCUCAUGGUGUCCCAGUCAACGACGUCGUGAUACACCCCAACCAGGGAGAAUUGAUCUCUUGCGAUCGGGGCGGAAAUCUGCGCAUCUGGGAUCUGUCCGAGAACAAAUGCAGCCACCAGCUGGUUCCAGAGGAGGAUAAGAGCAUUGCAUCCAUCACAGUCGCGACGGACGCCUCUCUUUUAUGCGCUGCUGUCAGCUCGAGCACCAAUGGCAGCGUUUUUGUGUGGCGCUUGGUCACAAUUAAGGAUACGACCACGCUCAUUCCCAUCACCAAGUUCACGGCCCAUGGCACGUACAUCACGAGAGUCCUACUGUCACCAGAUGUACGCAAGCUUGCGACCUGCUCGGCAGACCACACCGCUAGAAUCUGGACAGUCGACCUCGACAAUGUCGUCCCACCAGAGGAGGAGAGGGACGAGAACGGCGUAGUGAUUCCUACCUCUGGCGAGGAUCUCUCUGGUGCCUUUCCGCUGGAGAAUGAGCUCGAUGGUCACCAGCGCUGGGUGUGGGAUUGCGCAUUCUCUGCCGACUCUGCGUAUCUUGUCACAGCUUGCAGCGAUCACUAUGCGCGACUUUGGGAGCUGGCCAGCAAGAGCAUCAUACGCCAAUACAACGGACACCACCGUGGCGCGGUCUGUGUUGCGCUCAACGACUACUCCGAGACUAGGUGACUCGGACUGCUCAAAAUCUAUGGGAAAGCAAAUGGCAUGGCAUGGCGUUCGGGACUGGCUGCUCGUGGUUGCCUUGGGCACGAACAUCGCGUGGGAUCGGCUGACUGGGUGAAUUUUGGGCGGAGUCUUUGCGCCAGUUUUUGCACUAUACCACAGUGCAAUUCACCACAGAAAAGGGUGACGAGUUGCACCUGCGGCUGCCCUAUGCCUCGCUCCAGUACAUACACACUGGAAUCACUUACCUAGUUGCCUUCAUUUUCGAAGCAACUUAUCUCGCUCUAUACCUAGUUCUCAACGGACAAUCGAUCCAUUGUCCUUGAAACGUCCGAC